CUCAUACGCUGAACACAAAGACCAAACAAUGGCGCUUCCUACAAAUCACUCGCCCUUUCUUCCAACACUACUCCAUCUUUCUAAAACUUCCAUCAAUCAUUCCCUCAUUCUCUCACCCACCACUUCAUCUGCAAUCAUCUCGAAGAAAUUUUCGAAGUCGACGAAACAAAGGAAAUUACUCUCUUUUCCUUAUUUUCGAGCAAGUUGUGCGCAUGAUCACAUACGCAUGCAUUUGACUAUCUCUGAGACGUUCUCAAGGCUGAAGAAACAGAGAAAAGUUGCAUUCAUACCAUACAUCACUGCCGGAGAUCCUGAUUUAUCUACAACAGAGAAGGCAUUGAGGUUGUUAAGCUCCUGCGGUGCAGCUCUCAUUGAACUGGGCCUGCCCUAUUCCGAUCCCAUCUUGGAUGGUCCUGCGAUUCAGGCUUCGACAGUUCGGGCAUUAGCCAAUGGGGUCAAUUUUCAGACCGUUAUUUCAAUGCUGGCAAAGGUAGUUCCACAAUUGUCAUGUCCAAUCAUACUGUUUUCCUAUUAUAAUCCCAUAUUGAAGCUUAAUAAAGAAAGUUUCGUGUCGGCUUUGAGUUAUGGAGGCAUACAAGGACUUAUUGUACCAGACCUUCCUUUUGAGGACAUCAGGAGUUUAAAAAAGGCAGCUAACAAGAAGAAUAUUGAUAUGAUUUUGCUUGCCACACCAACUACUUCAAAACAUCGAAUGAAAGCCAUCGUCGAUGCUACGGAUGGUUUUUUGUACCUUGUUAGCACAAAUGGAGUCACAGGUGUGCGCUCAAAUUUGGAUUCAAAAGUACAAUUUCGAUUGGAAGAACUACAAAGGGAAACCUCAAAGCCCAUAGCAGUUGGAUUUGGAUUAUCAAAACCAGAAGACUUAAAGCAGCUAGCAAUAUGGGGAGCAAAUGGCGUGAUUGUAGGCAGUGCUAUUGUUAAGCUAUUAGGAGAAAGUAAAUCCUCUGAAGAAGGAUUAAGGCGCUUGGAGUUCUUCACAAAAUCCUUAACCGCUGCACUACCAUGAAGACCGUCAAUAAAAUUAUAUGAUGUUUUUAGCUGUUUUCGCAGUUAUUAGUAGAUAAUGCUAGCGAUGCAAGCAUUGAGAUCUAUCUGUGGGACAUAAAUAUUGAAAAAGCUCAAUGCAUCUUCUGUGAAA